AUCCCAGUUCUGUCAGACUGGAACCAGUCCAGAACUGGAGCAGAGACCUUGAGUCUGCAGCGUGUGAAAGGUUUUAGAGUCGGUGAGUUUUGGUUGCUGUUCAUUUCUUGAAGUUUCUUCUUCAUUCUGUGGUUUCUGGAGGAUAAACAGGGUUACUGUGACCAAUCACAGCUGCUCCUGCUAGCUGCUCCUGCUAGCUGCUCCUGCUAGCUGCUAGCUGGCAGUGAUCUUCCUCCAACGACACUUUGCAGGUGAACCAUCAGUGCACUGACCACACAGGAGGACAGGACAGAGCGAUGCUGAUGGUCACGAUGAUUUUAAACGGCUCUGCUCAACGUGAGGAACCAUUGUUGCUCUUUCUUUGCUGUAACUCUGCUGCUGACGCCUCCACAGCGAUGCGUGUUGCAUUAACGCCGAGGUGAAGAGUGGGAGGGAGGGAGAGGGCAAACCGAGAGGUACGAGAGGAUGGAGAGAGCUGGGGAGGAAAAGUGUGUGGGAGACUGAGCAAAGGAUAGAUAGAUAGAUAGAUAGAUAGAUAGAUAGAUAGAUAGAUAGAUAGAUAGAUAGAUAGAUAGAUAGAUAGAUAGAUAGAUAGAUAGAUAGAUAGAUAGAUAGAUUGAAAUGUUGGUGAAUAAAGGGUAAGGAAGGGAGACAAAGAACAGAUGGAGAUGGAAAGAGUGAAUUUUGUGGAUCUGAAGCUUUUAAACCCUUAAAGCUGCAAAUAGCAGGAGGAGAGGAAGAGAGGAGGAGAGGAGAGGAGCGAUGGAGGGAGGCUGAAGGGAGGUAAAUAAAAACUGGAAGGGAGAGCAGGAGGAGGAGGGUUUGCGUCGGUGUGUUGGUUGGCAGAGAGCGCUUGUCAAAAAAAGAGAAAGAAAAAAGCUUCCUCUGACAGAAGGCAUGAUUCACAGCAGAGAGGGAGGGAGAGGAGCGCCAGAAAAACAGAGAGGAGGAAGAGGAUGAAGAGGAUGCAGCAGAGGAGCAGAAGAUGCUGAAGACGAGAGCAGAGAGCCGGAAUCGCAGACGGCUUCAGCGGCCGAGACGACGAUGACGACAGCAGCAACGGCAACAGCAAGGAGACGUUAAUCAUCAAACAGCAGCAGAAUGAGAGGAGCAGGUCCGACUGGAUCCGUUUCCUCGUUUCUUCUCCCUCUUUCUGUGGCUCUGAGGCUGACAGACCAAAGUUUUGCUGGAAAGACAUUGAACUGGCUCUAAUCAGGCUAACGGAACAAUAAAGACGCAGAAUAAAUACAAAUUCUGUCACAAUGUGAGUAAAGUGGAAGAGAAGAUGAGCUUUCCAGUGGAAAUGAAAAACUGUUUUCAACCUUUUGGAAUCUGAUUGGAAUAUUUCUCCAAGUCGGAUUGUGUUUGGACAUCAGGUUGGUCGUAGUGUCCUCAUGUCCUGGAGCCUUUGACAGAAGGAUGUUCCCAAACUUAGAGUCUGUUGACUUCUCAUGAAAACAGCAGGAAUAUUUCUUAGUUCUCCACUGGAGAACAAGAAGGAUUUUGUAAAAGGCGUCUCAUUCCUGCUUUUAUGGUCUUUCUGGAGACUGAAGCUGCACAUCCUGGACAGUCAGUAGUGGUUAAAAAACCAGUUCUGCUCUUAUUUUGUUAAUUAAAGACUUCACAAUUCACUCUUCAAGCUUUAGACGUGCCUCCCACCAACCCCCUGCACCAACCAUGGGCAAGCCUCUCAGCCGCCCUGGGUGUUUCAGGAAGAGCUCCUGCUGCCUGGAGAAACAUGGACUUGGGGAUGGGGGAGUGGGAGGGCGGGACGUUGGGAUGGAAGGGGGCUAUGGCGAUGGCUACAUCCCUCAGCGAUCCAUUUAUGACACCAUGUGCAUCAAUCAGCAGAUUGACAGCCACCACCACCACCACUCCAGGGGCUCGGUGAGGCGGGACGGAGGAGGAGACGGGAGCUUCAGCUAUUCCACCAGCGGCUCCCUGAGAGUCAGCAGGUCAGACAUGUUUGAUCCACAGCCACGCUCCUUAACUCCAAAUCCUUCCUUUGUUCGGCGCCUGGAUGAGAGAGCCAUCUACGAUUCCCUCAAGCUGGGAGCGGAGGACAGCUCUCCAGGACAUUUCAAUCGAUCCGUGUCUCCCUCUGUGUCUUCCUUUUCGGCUCCAGGAGUGUCCUCCUCAUCAAAGAAGCACCACCAUCACCACCACCCUCACCAUGCAGACGGCACAAAGAGCAGAGAGAGUCGGCAUUCCUGGAAAGCAAUGUCAUCUCCUAAACCCUUGGAGUGUGUGGAGAUUCCUCCAGUGGAGCUGCUAGAGCGUGGCGGAGGCAGCUACCUGAAUCCAGGCCACUACCCAGGACCGGGUCAGUCCUCCUCUCUAACCUCCCCUCUCAUCUCACCCUUCUCCGGCUCGCCUCUCUCCUCAGGAUACCACACUCCGGUGUUCUUCUCCCCGGCCAAACCUCGCCCCAGUCAGAGCCAGAGCCUGCGCUGUUCUCCUCCCCAUGUGAUGCAGCCCAGGCAUUACUCCCAAACCCAGAGCCUGAGGCUGUCCCCCCCCCAGGAGCUCAGAAGGUCCCCCUACAGGACUGCGCUGGUCCAACUGUCUGCCCAUGAGCUGGAGCAAGACCUGAGUGAGCGAGGUGGUGGAUGGGGCCGCAGCGAGCGCGACAGGGACUGGGAGAGGGAGCGGCAGCGAGAGAUGGAGCGAGGUUGGGCCCAGCGCGAGUGGGAGAGAGAGAGGGAGAGGGGCAGACUGGAGAGGGAGAGGGCCCGAGAGAGAGAGAGAAGGGAGACAUCCACUUUUGGGACGUUUGGUUAUGGCCGACCAGUUCCUCUACGCUCUGACAGAGACUCGGUGUUUAUAGAGUCUGAACACGGCUUGGACACAACUCCUCUGCUUCUCCCCCAGCCUUCCCCCUCUCCUUCCCCCUCCCCUAGCGGCGCUCCCAGGAUGGGUACUGGAGCAGUGGGCAGGAGCCGAGCUGGGUCAAAGGUCGGCCCAGAAGGGCUUGGUGGAGGGAUGCCGCCGAGGUGUGACAGUGGGAGUGUUAGUUUAGUGUUGGUGGACGGUAAACCUGGUUGUGGGCCCAGAUUAGUCAGCGAAGUCUUAAUGCCAAACAUGUCUGAGGUGGAAAUGAGAGCAUUAAAUCAAGAGCACCAUCGAGCCGAAAGCUGGAACAAAUAUGAUGACGGAUCCAGAUCCAGUGUGAAGAACCCGCCUGAAAAGAGGAUUGGCUCUCAGGUGAAAACUCGACCAGGAGGUCGGGAUUUGGAGGGAAAAGUGCAGUCAGGGACAGAGAAUAAGGAGGGACAUAAAGGGACGUCCAUCAAAGCUGGCGGAGCUACAAGUAGACAAGAGCAUUUACCUGAACACUCAGGCAUGACUGUCACUGAGAAGAUUGUUGGUCCUGCAGACAAAGUUCAAGUUGAAGCUGCACCUGUUGCUAAAACCAAGCCAGAGCUUGGUCACUUCCAACAGCCAGAGAACAAAGUUGAACCUGAAUCACAGUCUAAUGUUGAUUCAACAUCUGCAUCCAGUGUAGAAGCUAAAGCUGAUGCUGAGAUUGCUCUUGUUUCGAAGCCAGAAGCAGAAACUAGGAUCAGUAAUGGAGAAAUAAAAGAGAGUGAAACUGACAAUCAAGCUGAAAGUACAGGUGAACUUCAGGUAAGGUCAGUGGCAGCAGAUAAACCUGAAGCUGCUCCUGCAGAUCAAGCAGAGCAAAAGCUCGAUGAUUCUGGUAAAUCCAAGUCAGCUCAUGCUGGGAAAAGCUCAAGAUCCAAGUCCAAAUCAUCCAAGUCCUGCUCCAGGUCUCGACCAGGUACAGCCACUGGGCUGCGUCCGGGAGUACUGAGCCCCCGAGAAAGCAAACAGCUGGAAGACUUUGAAUCAGCUGGACCACCUGAGGACAUCGAGUCCACCUGGCCUCGCAGAAUCAUAGUCCGAAAGAGGACUGUCCGCCAGGGAGGGGCCCUCCACAAUCUUCCCAUCCUCCCCCCACUCCCUUCUGUCUUGUCAGCCCUGGAGAAGAGGCAUCCACACCUACGACAUGGUUCAGAGAACCCAUUAUCAAAUCUGAUGAACCCUAUUAUAGGGCGAUGCUCACUGAGAGAAGCCGCUCACCCAGAGCCCGUACAGGGGAGCGGUUUGGUAGGCCGAGCAUCCCUCAGGGAGCAGAACUUGGAGCACUGGAGAGUCUGCAGAGAGCAAGAGGAACACAGGAGGUCCAGAAGUCGGGAGAAACGAGGAGGGGAGAGUAGGAACAAGGCAGAGAAAGAGGAAAGCAAAGGAAAGGAGGAGAAGAGAGAAGAAACCCUGACAGAUGAGAAGGUAGUCGUGGAGGAAACCAAACAAGAUAAAGCAAAGAUAAACGCGGAAGAAAAUCUCCAGACAGAUAAAAACAAGGAAGAGGAAAAAGAGAUGGAUGAAGAAGUAAAGCCUGAACGAGUGGAAGAUCGAGGGAUAAAGAUUAAAAUUGGUCCAAAAGAGGAGGUAGAAGCAAAACUACACACAGAGAAACUGGAGGUGGGUGGCCAACAGGGAAUAACUGCUGGAGAGGAAGGAGGGGUGGAGGGUUGGGAUGCGGUUCUUGACAUGGUUAACACUCUUUGGGAUAAUGACUGGGAAAAACGGGAAGCAGGUGGAGAAGAAGGAGGAGAUCCAGAUUCCCCUACAGGCUCCUUGCAGCGAUGGCCUCUCCUCAGGCCACCCCUCGGCUUUGGGGGCUCUCAUCCUCCCUCCUCAGCAGCCUCAGAGCUCAGUCUGACGGAGUUGGAGAGGAGGGCCCGGGAGUUGGACUCAGACCUGGAACACCUGGAUCUUUCGCAGCCCCAACGGGAAGUGUACCAAGCGCUACUGGAACCAGGAAGGGAACGAGGCGACAUGUACCAAACACAUCCCGGUCCACAAAGAGACAAAGCUCCCCUUCACACAGGCGUUAGCAGCAGAUCCCAGGUCAGUCUGGAGCUGAAUGCGAUGACACCGACCGACACCGACAGGUCAACUAGUGACUGGUCGACUAAAUCUCCCAGCACCCCCACUGCUGGACCGAGCUCCUUUAAGGAGGACAGCUCUCCGGACUCCAACCUGACACUGGAGUCAGACUCCAGCGGCGUCUUUCUUUCCUUAUCCAAUCAGAGCCAAGACGAUGGCGGCUCUGACAGCGACCAGCCAAUCAGUGACUCUGAACUGGGCAGCAGCAACACUUCGCUAGAGAAAGAUAUGGAUGACGGAGGCUUGAAGGAGUGGGGAAGGGAGGAGAGCUCCGAGCUCCAGUGGUGCUACCCUUCACUGCUCAACACGCCGUCCUACGAAGACGUGGACGGACACGGCGGCGGUGAUGACUCAGGGUGUGGAGAUGCCGGCGUGGACCAGGACGACCUUUCAGCAGAGCAAUUUCACAUGAAGACUUCGUUCACUGCCCCCCAGAGGCAGGAAGUGCCGGCCAGGAAGAAAGUAACCGUAAUGGGCAUGGACCCGCCCCUUCCCCUUUCUCCCUCCAAGCAACAAAUCAAACGCCUUCUAGAUCCGAACCAGAAGCCACUGAGAAGCUCAGGCCUGGACUGCGGGGACGUGGAUCCCUUCGUCCAAUCAGAUAGCUUCGUCUAUCUGGCCGUGUCUGCAAGACCUCCGCCCACAGGUGAAACCGGCGGACUUAAAGAGAUUUCUACCCAUGAUGCAAAGCAACACACCAUCCAGAAACAAGCAGGAAGCACCGGAGCUGAGCGACCCACCACGGACCCCAAGAUGGCUGCCAUCGCGCCUCAGAAACCAGAGGAGGGAGACUUCCUCUGUACCGAUAGCUUCGUCUACCUGGCUGCUCCGGCAUGCCUCCUGCUGGGCCCCGCCGGAACUGCACCGUACGGUGGCAGGGACUCGGACUCUGAGAGUUCUGGUUCUGGUCCAGUUGAUGUCUCGGUUCUGGGAUAUGGCUCAGUGGCCGGGGACAGCGACUGGGACUCGGACCUGUCUGACUCUGAUCCCAGUCGCUCUUCCAGGUCCGCCAGCCGGUCCCGGAGAGCCCCCGCUGGGUCAGACUGGGACAUGUUGGGAGAAGCGACCGAGCCCGAGGUUCUGGGAGAGCUGUUCACAGAGCCGGACAGGCACGGCUGCGGGAGGUCCGGGAAACUCCCCGGCGGUGCGGCAGAGACAGAAACUCGGCCCGAGUCUCCAGCAGCGAAGACAGAGAUGUCUUCGGAGCAGCAGUCCACCAAGAAGGUGACCUGGCAGUUCAAACCAGCCCAGAGGUCCGUCUGCACCGGAAGCAGGAAGGAGAAGGACCCGCCACGACUCCCAGAAACCGGAGGAGGGGACGGACACCGACUCUCCCCUUCCUCCUCAUCGUCUUCGUCUCCGUCCUCAUCAUCGUCAGGGUGAUUCCUGGCAGGUAGAAAGUACCGGCUGAUCUUGUUGCUGUUGCUGCGGUUGCCUUCUCCAGCCUUGUACAAGCUGCAGUAGGGUUGUUGCUUUCCUUAGACUAGCCCACAGAUUCUCGUGUAUAGAUAGUGGACUCGGUUCUGGCCCGUUCUGUGAUGACAGGGUGAGAACAUUUACCUUCAUUUCAUUACUCUGCUUCUCAUGUUGACUGUGUCUUUUAUAAUCAUAUUCCACUUUACAGUAUUUAAUAGUGUUUCAAUAAUAUAUUUUGAUCUUUGAGAUAUAGAUAAAUAUUCAUAUUUAGCUGUAAUGAAUGUGUGCAGAGGAUGUUUCUUCUUCUAGACUCAGAUAAUGAAUGUUGUCAUGGAGCAAACCGCUUUCUGCUGUUUAUCUGCGGCCAUAUUUAGCUGAAUGCCGCCGGGUUCUGAUAGAAACGGUUCUGGAUGUGGCUCAGUCCGGUCUGUUUCCAUGUUUUCACAGCUUUUGUUACAUAACCCUUCUGCAAGUUCGGCGUUAUAUCCAUAAUAAUACAAAGUUAAACUCAGCUGCUUCUGUCACAUUAAUCCAGACCCAGUUCCGAAUCCAUCGAGCUUUUCUCUGAUCCAUGGAGGCUCACAUAUAUAGAUACAGCCAGCCGGACCUUUCACAUGCAGAACUGGAGGUUCAAAGGUCAGGAGUGAGAGUGGCUGGUUGCUAGGCUAGCCACCGAGCCUGCAGCAAACAUGAUUGGUUCUCAAACAUGGUCAGAACUGAGCAGAACCAGAGGAAGUCUGUUCAUUUCUACAGUCCAGCAUCACCAGUUCAACAGGCCGUCGAUAGACGUGUCGCCUCAUCCGGACCCGCCGAUCGAAGGUCCAACUGGGAGGCACUGCAGUCUUUGGGUCCGAAUCCCAAAAAGAAACUGAUAAACCACAGAAAAUCAAAACCUUCUAUGGUCCAAACAUGAACAAACAGGUUCAGUUUCCACAGAACCAAUUAGUGGGCGUGUCUUUGCUCUCUGGGCUCUGAUUGGACAGAAAUCAGGAAGUCCUCCAGCAGUGAAAAUGAAACAGAAACAUGAUUUAUGAAGGUUCUGGUGGUUGUUGCCUGAUGAGUUGCUGCUCAGGGUGAAAUUGGCAUCAUUCCUGUUUCGACAGCAAAUGGAAAACUAAAGUCUCAAUUUUCUCUGACUGAAAAGCUUGAAUAGAAAAACAGACUAAUGGCGUUUUAUUUGGAGCGGCAAAGUCGGGUAUGGGUGUUUAGCAGAGUCUCUGGUGAUUCAUCCAGGUGGGAGUCCAGAGACUUAAUAAACCGGCAUGCUGUUGAGGGUUUAAAAGCUUCUUAAUGAUGUAAGGGCUGCUCCAGUUCUGACCAGCAUUCUUCCUCCAGUACUCCAAUCUCCCCAACAACCGUCAUGAGUGACCCAUGCAGUGAUUGCACAAGUCCCACGUUCUCCACAUAAUGUUUGGUUCAGGAAGCUUUAGCUGCAGGGUUAGGGUGUCGACGCGCCUCCAGUCCGUUACCGGUUAGUUUCCUCUCAACAACAAGAAGCAUGACUCCAAAGGGUCACUGAAGGCUAAUGUUGCUCCAGUUCAUAUGUGGGUUGAAGGGAAGCUGAAACAGUCAGUCAGCUUUACCUUCAUUCCUCUCCUUGAAUCCAGGGUUCCAGGUGUUCCAGACAUCUGUCCUCCCUUCCUGUUUACUUGCACAGCGCUCCUCAUCUUCACUGCAGAGCAGAUCUUUGCAGUGAAGGUUAAAUAUUAGCUGCAAAUUAAUUCAAAGACCCCAUCAUCAAGAAAACUAUGCGAUUACUGAGCGAUAAUCAGACAGUGCUGCAUUAGCUUCCGUACAUGGUGUUCAAAUUUAUCAUCUGCUUUCAUUUUUUUAAAUGUUUUACUUGCCGACUGAAAUAUGACGAUGUUUGGUCUGUAAAGAUGUGACUGUUUGUAUUUAAUCGACGGUACGGUCGAGUGUUUUGGAGCUGCCAGUAAACUACAGAUGCACCAUGCAGCCUGUGGGAUGUAUGGAAAGCCAUGUGGCUCACAAUUCAUCCACUUGUCUACAGCUGCUGGAGCCUUCUUCAGGCGGAUAAACAUCCUUUAGUUUCAUGGAAGUGGAACUGCUGGGAGUAGGCUCAACAAAAACGGGAAUUUCCAGAAAACUCCGGUUCUUGUUGUGGGUCGGAAAACGCGGCUUCAUUACGCUAAUUAAAGCUUUCUGCCAAUCAUUUUAGCAUCUUAAUGUCCAAAAAAAGGUAAACAAACAUUCUUCAUCAAUUGCUAUUUGCUGACCCUGAACCUGGGCUUCACGCUGCAUGGCAUAUAUACUGUUAUACCACAGAAGAAGAGUUUCACGUUUAAAGCAGCUGAGAUGCCAGCCAUCAAACACAAUCAACAUUUCUGAUUUGAUCAGUAAAAUUAGUUCAAAUGUGUCUGAUGUUGAUAUACCAAAGUGUAAUCCUGGAUGUGACUGAUCAAUAAUCAUUUGUAACUAAUUCCAACUAUCAACUGAAAGUCUUGGAUUUCCUAAAAGCCGGAUCCAAACUGUUAUUUAUGAAUCAGGACUAAAUGUUUUAAAAGUUCCUUCAUGUGAUCCUCUACAAGGUCUCAGACAUUUGGGAAUCAGGGGUCUGAUAGCUUGCUUUUAAUUCCUUCAUGUAAUCUGUCUGAAGCUUAGAGCGCUCCAGUCAGAAGAAUCACUAAACGCUGGUAAAACAUCUAGUUUCACUGUGACAGACUUUGGACAAACGGCCAAUCACAUUCUACUGAAUGUUUUUGUACAAUUUUGCUGAUCACUGUUGAAGCUUUGUGGUGAUGAACAGUCCAGACCUUGGAUGCAUUUUCAAGGGGAAACAAAUAAGAAUUAUGUGAAAAUCAUUUUUUUCUGUGUGCCAUUUUUCCACAUUUAGUUUUGCAUUAAUGUGAAAAUAAAGAAUGAACUUUC